CUGGCUGUUGGUGUCUGUUCAGAUUGUUCCUGUCGACGACUUUCUCUGAGUGUGAGCUGGAGCUCCAACUAGAAAGAUUUAAACCCAUUAAGUGGAUAAAACUCUUCGCUAAAUCUUCUUUUUAAACCUCAAAGCAGUCGGGUUUAACUUUUCAAGAAAAAGGAAGUUUAAACUCUGACAAAUCGACGCCAUGGACCCCGCCAGUCAAGAUAUCAACCUGAACUCUCCUAACAAGGGCCUUGGCGUGGAUCAUUCAGACAGCCUGUCCGACGUGCCAGUGGAGGGAGCGGUGGGGAACUCAGCCAACCCUCUCCCACCCGGUCUGACAGAGGAAGAGGCUGAGGAGCUUCGCAUCGAGCUCACAAAGGUUGAGGAGGAGAUCAACACCCUGCGUCAAGUUCUUUCAGCCAAAGAGAGACACGCAACAGAGCUGAAGAGGAAACUCGGCCUCAGCCCGCUCAACGAACUCAGGCAGAACCUCACCAAGAGCUGGCAAGACGUACAGACCUCCAACGCCUAUGUGAGAACCUCUGAGAAACUGGGCGAGUGGAAUGAGAAAGUUACCGGUUCAGAUCUAUAUCUGUCUGCCUCAGCCACUUUGGAUGACAUUACCCGCUCUGAAGCAUACAAGAAGACUCAGGAGACUCUAUCCCAGGCGGGACAGAAGACCAGCGCAGCUCUCACCACAGUGGGCACGGCCAUCAGCAGGAAACUGGGUGACAUGAGAGCUCUACCUUUCUCUAAUUCCUUUAGCAACUAUUCCAUUCGCCACUCGAUAAGUAUGCCCGCCAUGAGAUUUAUAAACCAGGAGGUAUUUAAAGUUUAAUGAAAGGUGAAUUAAAUAGCCAAAUGUUUGCUAGUCCUCUCACACACUGUGGUAGAAUCUGUUUGAUAAUUGAAACAGUUUAUGGAAAGAAACUUGACUCAAGCAUAUUUUACACUUUGUCAACUUACCAUGAAAAUCUUUAUUGGUGAUUGACUCUGGACUUGUUUAAUGUGUUUAUCUGCAGUGAUAAAAUGGAAAAGCUGAAUUUACUUCAUCUUUUUCUUCAUCUUUUUAACUCUACAAAAAUUCCUUAUUCCCCCUUCCUCAGAGUUUUCAUGCUGACAUGUUUUUCUAAGGAACUGAAGUCUUAAUCGACAGUUUUAACGUGUUUUAUGUGUGUUAGGCUCCACAAAUUUUUUUUUUUUUUAUUCAUUUUAUUUAUCAUUUCACUAGCAGAUAUGCAUAUACAGGGGCAUCUCAGAAAAUUAGAAUGUUUUUCCUGUGAUUUAAUUCAAGAAGUGAAACUUCCUUAUAUUCUAGAUUUAUCUCGUAUAAAGUUAAAUAUUUCCAGACUUUUUUUAUUCAUGUGUUGAUGAAUAUGGUUUACAGUUCACAAAAAAAUACUAUCCCAAAAUAUUAGAAUACUAAAAAGCAUCAGACCACAAAAAGGGAUUUAUGAAACAGAAAUGUUGACCUUCUGGAAAAUUCUGCUCAUUUGUCACUCAUUAAUUGCUGUGUCUAUGUAAUGUGGCAUAGAGGCGAUCAGUCCGUGGUCCUGCUGGGGUGUUAUGAAGUAUGGGUUGCUCUGAUAGCAGCCUUCAGCUCGUCUGGUUCCUCGCAUCUUCCUCUUGACAUUCCUCCAGAGAUUCUCUGUGGGGUUCAAGUCAGGCCAGUUAGCUUGCCAGGUAAACACAGUAAUACCAUGGUCAAAAAUAACAGUUUUUAGUAGUUUUGGCCUCACUGUUAAUGGGUGCCAAGUCCUGCUGGAAAAGGAAAUGAGUAUCUCCAUAAAGCUUCUCAGCAGAUUGAAGCAUGUUCUCUAGGAUCUCCUGAUAGGCGACUAACGGCGUUGAUUCUGGACUUGAUAAGACCAGUGGACCAACAGUAACCAGAGUGAGAGAAUAAUGGCCCAGGAUACCUUUGCAAAUUGGACUUUUCCACAAUAUUUUAAUAUUUUAAGAUAGAGGAUUUUUGUGAGCUGUAAGCCAUAAUCAUCAAGAUUAAAACAAAAUGGUCUCGAAAUCUCUUUUCAUGAGAUGAAUAUUUAUUUUUAUGGAAGUUUAAUUUUCUGAAGUGAAUCACAUGAAAAAAUGCACUUUAACAUGUUAUUCAAUUUGUUUUUAGAUGUGCCUGGACUUAGUUGCAUGCUAUAAAGAAAAACAAUUAAAAUACUUAAGGAUGGUUACCAUGCUAUCAUUGCAUGCCUUUUUUCCUCUGUAACAUUUUCCCUGUGC